CACUACGUCAAGGAGCUUACUGAACAAAUCCAUCCAUACUUCAAAAGCCUCAUUCCUGUUGUGUUGGAUUGGUAUGAGCUCAUGAAAAACCCGAAAAACGUGCAUUUCGACGACGUGCUUACGGUGUUGAAUAAACAUCUUGCGGACCUUCCGAUGGAUGAGCCCUCACCCGAACUCCUGGUUUCAAGGUGGUUGCUCAGGGCACUCAAGGAACAGGAUGAGAAAGAUGAGAAGGAGGGCCCAAGUGUUGAGGAAAAGAUGUCGCAGUCGGUUGCUGGGACUCUGCCGGGCAACAAGAACAAGCGAGUCAUAGAUUAUCGAUGGACGAUGGAAGCUAUGCCCAAGCCGAAGAGGUCCAAGACUCGGAGAUAG